UCAAGUGCUUAGUUAAUUUUAAGCCUUUGAAAAAAGGUGGUGGUAAAAAGUAAGAAUACGGUUAAGUCGGUAGUAAACCAACUAACCAAACGACAUCUGAUGCUUGCAGUUUGCGCGGGAAAUUUUCACAGAAAAAAAGUUGGACAAAUGUCACCGUUCGAGCUUGGGACUACACCUUCAAAUAACCAAUAUUCUCUCCCAGUAAACACCAAGCAUAAGAAAAGUAAACAAGGAAUCAUCAUCCCCGUUGCUAAAAAACCCCUUCAGAUUGAAGUUUUUUGGGAUGGCGAGACUGAAGAUUAGAGGGACCUGGUCGGGGGUUCUGGAAGACGUCACCGUCGACGCCUGGACCGUACCAAAGCUCCGGGAAGAGGUGGCCAUGCGCGCCAACUGCUCCCCUGACUGCAUCAACCUCACAUUCGCCGGCAUGCUCCUCAAGGACGACGAUGCCGAUGCCGGCGACGUCAGAAACUUGGCCAGUCUGGGCGUCAAGAUCAACUCUAAGAUCUUCGCCUCUCGCAUCUCUCCUCAAGAAAGCGACGCAUUCAGAAGAGAAGAAGAACUUUUUAGUAGGCUUGAGGAAAUCAGGGCAGCUGCAAUUGUGAUGGCGGAAAAGCAUCCAUGUUUAAUACCUGUUGAGGACUUCAACAGAGAAGCUGAAGAUCAAAGUGGACAGUUAGUGCAUAUAAGUUCUGAGAUGGAGCAUAGGGCAGUAAUGAUGGGAGUGAGGCUUCAUGCAAUAGCGGUGAGGCUUAUUGGAUGUGAUCUUUACAAUAGUGCAGUAGAAGUGCUUAGCUUAGGAGAGGAGGCAUUCUCAAUUUGUGAUCCAAAUCUCAUUAAGCUUAUUUAUAUUGUUCCGAUUCUGCACAUAAACAUGGUGUGGUGCUACUUUAUGAAAGGAGACAUCAGGUUGCUCUCGGAUGCAGGAAAGCGUCUUGAGAUAGCUAGAACAGGAAUUGAACACGAUCAAGUGAAGAAAUCUGUUUGCCGCAGACAAUUAGAAAAACUGCAUUUGAGACUAGAUUUGCUUGAAGGGGUUGUGGCAUAUCAUAGUGGCCAGAUAGAGAAAUCAAGAAAAGCAUUACUUUCUGCAAAAGUAAAAUUUAUCCAGCAUCAAGGCCCGGUUGACCCCAUAAUGCUUUUUAUGAGCUUUGAUGAUGCAAGCUUUGGCUUCACCCUAAAUGAAGCAAAUAGAGCACUGAAAAUGUGUAAUGGAGAUGUGGGGGUUGCCAUUGACUUCCUUAUUGAGGAAGAAAUAAAGGAAAUGCAAAAAUGCAAUGAUCAUAGCCAGAGAAGAAAGAAAAUUUGGUGGGUGUCACUUACUUCCUUCGUCAGAGAGGGAAAGCUGUACGGGUUGACACCUUCAAAUAAAGUUGUGAAUAUAAAGAGAUUGAAAGCAUUGGUUUCCUUUGGGCGAGUUUGUCCACUAGCUAAUAGUAUAUUUGUCCUAUUUGAUACUGCUAAAUAUAGCAGGUUUGGUGAGGAGCUUGCGGCUGAAGCCCUUAAAAGAAAUAAAAAUUAUAAGCUGAAUGCAUUGGAUGAUUUAAAAAAUCCAGAAACUAUUUCUACUUUACAGGCUGAUAUUGAGUCCAUGAAAAGAGAGAGACAGAAACAAGGAACAGAUUUUGCAAUUGAAAAAGCUGUACAAAUGGGUUUUGAAAGAUCAAGAGUGGUUGCUGCUUUUGAGGCUGGUGGCACUUCAGAAGAAGUAAUCCAAAGACUGAAAGUGCAACCGGAAGGUCCAUCAGAUAUCAGCAAAGCAGAGGAGCAAAAUGAGGAAAUAAAAGGCGAGCUCUCUGCAGAUAUAGAAAUUGCAAAUGAAGGACCAGUCAUUAUUUUUUACUUGCGUUUGGUAGAGCUUGCAUUGAGGAGGCUCUGGGAAGAAGACGUCCCUUCCCAGCAAGAUGAAAAAGAAGGAUACAAGUUUAUGUAAAUAAAUAGCGGGUUGAUGUGGGCGGUGAAUGUAUGUCAUAGGGGUCAAUGUGUAGAUAGCAGGAUGAAUA